GGCAGCGAAGUCGAAACCCCAGAAGCCGGCCCUGUUCUCGGCCACUUUCGCUUUGAUCACUUCCUCUCUCUCUUUCGUGCGUGCACACACUGGAGGAUUUAUUCCAUACACAGGCUUGGGCAGCUGGAGUGGUGCAGAGGGCUUUCGAAGUGCUGAGAUUUUUUUCCGACUGUUGAGCAGGGUACCCAGCGCGCCCCUUGUCCGAGCCCACCAUGAGAGCAGCUGCCUUCUUCCUCCUCCUCCUGCUCGGCAUGCUGAGUCAGCUCUCGCAAGCCCAGUACCACUACCAGGGCCUGAUGAACUAUCUGGAAAGCAGGAUGGUUGCCAUGGAGGAACGCAUCGCCCUUUGGCAUGAGCAGAACAGCCGCUACAACUCUGACCUGAAGCAGUUCAGGCGUCAAGCGACAGACCUCCUCGAGAAGCUGGCCAAGGACCACGAGAAGCUACAGCAGGACCUGGAGGGGACUGGGGCACGGGUGGAGCGGGUGGAGCGAGAGAUGGACUACAUCGAGACCAAGAACCCGCCUAAGCCGUGCAUCAAAGCAAAAGACAAAAUAGUCGAACAGGAGGCAGCGGUCAAGAAGAAGAAGAAGGAUCAGUUUUUUGAAGUCUCCGUUUGUGUUGAUAUCGUGUCAAAUAUCCGAGCCAUGAAGAUUUUGAAAAGGUUAGGCAGCACCAAAGGAAUGUGGACCAAGGAUUCCAGGACAUCAAAGGUCUACGUUUUCAAUGGGACUUCCGAGGACACCCUAUAUGAGUUCAGCUCGGUGAAAGAGCUCUCUGUGUCAUCAGGAAUGUCUAAGGGUAAGGGAAUCACUCUCCCUUCCACCUGGAAUGGUACUGGCCAUGCCGUCUAUAAUGGAUUCCUCUACUAUGUGAGCGAGAGCUCGGAGCUGCAGGUGAUUAAGUUUGACCUGAGGAACAGCUCGGUGGCAGACAGUGCCGUCUUCCCACUGGAGGACCGCACUCCGGUGUACACCCUCAACCCCUUGACCCUGGUAGACCUCAUUGUGGACGAGGACGGGCUGUGGGCUCUGUACCCUGUGGGUGACAACAUAAACCUAGCCAAGAUGGACCCCGACACCCUGGACAUCGAGCAGAUGUGGGACACGGCAUGCCCCAGGGGUGGCGCCGAGGCUGCCUUCAUCGGGUGUGGCACGGUGUACGUGGUAUACAACACUAGGCCCUCCAGCCGUUCCAGGGUGCAGUGUGUGUUUGACGUGAACGACAUGGUGGCCAGCGGGGAAGCGCCGCUGCUAUACUUCCCCAGGCGCUAUGGGGCUCAUUCCAGCCUCAAGUACAACCCCGUGGAGAGGCAGCUGUAUGCUUGGGAUGAUGGCUACCAGAUCCUCUACAGGUUGGCCCUCAAGAAGAAGCUGUGGGCAGUAGUGCCACCUCCAGAGGAGUGACUGCCACUCCAAAGAGCACUUACUCACGCAGCCAGGAACACCUGACCAAAAAGAUUGUACCGAGGCAAAUACUAACUCAACUUAAAAAAUGUAGCUAUUAAUUUAGUCACAUAUAAAAAAGCACAGUAUGUUAAACUCAAUAAAGUAUUUCAAAAUGUGUUUAUAGUAGUCUGGGUGAACAAUUAGACAUGGUAAGUAUUGUUCAGUCCAACAUCAGAUCCUUAAACUGGUGUAAUUAUGUAGGGGAGACAUGGUUGGUUUAUGUAUCUCCAAAGAAGCCGAGGAGCACCACCUUACAUGUAUCUCCUAGGAAGAAUGAAAUUUAAAAUCCACCCAUGUUGCUUUCUAAUAGCUGCUCCUGGUCAUACAACCUCUCAGUAUUGCACAAGGCCCUUCAUUGAGUCUGAAUCUGUGCGAAAUUGAAGUGCAAGAGAAUUAAACGACCAAACCGACAUCUUUAUUUCCGCAUGUUUGAGAUACAAGAACAGUUGUCCAACAGUUGUAUUACAAGUACAAAUUAUCAAUAUAAAACUGGAAACUUGUUACAUUCACAGGGGAGAGAGAGAGGCUGACAAACCACACAGACCAUGAAGUCAUUUGUAUCUAUUUCACAGGUUCCACCCACAACAGGAAAACAUUGGCUUUAUAUUGUCGAGCCUGAGGACAUCAUAAAUGCUGUUAGAACAGGUAGUAAUCAAAAAGGUACAGCAAGUUAUCAAGUCAUCAAGAUGUCACCUGGACUUAUUCACAAGUCUGCCAAAAUACGAAAUUUAUUUUAUUAUAUAGAAAUGUGUAAACUUCAACAAUUGUAAGAUGCGUACGCUGAUGGACGGCAUUUCCUAAGCAGAGCCCAGACUAAUCUGGAUUUCAUUUAUUUCAGCGAAAAGUGCAGCUAGAGCUCUGUGAUCCAUCUUCAGGCAGCGGCUUUUUUGAAAGCAUUUCGGACGUCGUGGGCUGAGUUGCGCCUGUGAGGGUGGUUCCGUUCCCUUAGCUCUUAUGCAGAUGUUCGGCUCACUGGAGUCCUACGGGAGCGUGCUUCCCGCACGUCCCCCCUCCGAUUCCAAAGACAGAGAACUGGACAUCUGGGGCUCUGGAGGAAACCUCCCCUCCAGUGCUGUUUCCGUGUGCUUCUCCACUGCAACCCAGGCUUUCUACUGCCAGACAAGUGCAGUCAUUCUCGCAGCACAUAACGUUUGGAUGCAACUUGCAUUUCACACACGGAGCACUACAUUCAACAUGAUACAACAUUAUGGCAUAGAACAGUGAAAAUGCACAACACAACUGUCUGCAUGAAUAAUGUGAACAGUGAGAAAAAACUAUCAGCUAUUGUCACAUAAUAGAUCAAUUUCAUACCACAAGGACUAGUAUAAUGGCAAAAUCUCCUUAUUAAAGUUUUUUUUUAGGUAAAAAAGAGCCAAAGUCAUUUAAAAAAAUUGAAACUGAAUUGCUUGUGAGCACUCUUUAAAAUCAUGUAUGUCCCUUGAAGUGACAAUGUACAAAAUUUGCAAAAGACUAUCAAUUACAAUUACAGUGGAAUAAAACCUUUUUUAAUUGCAA